UUUAAAUUAGAUGACAUUUCUGAUAAUACAACUUUGAGAUAUUCUCUCUACAGAUUCUUCUUUCUAUUGCAGAUUCUUCUUCUUCCUCUUAUCUCUUCUUACUCUUCUCUUUACUUCAUAAAAAAGAACACAGUAGGAAAAUGAGUACACCUGAUAAUAAUCUUGAAAUUUCUGGUAAACGUAAUGAGUAUUCUGGUAAUGCUGAAUGUGAAUCUUUGAAGAAACCCAUAGAGGAAAAUUCAAGAAUGGCCCAAGAAGGUAACAUUCCAAUCGUGCCUACGAUUCAUGAUCGUCAAAAUAUAUGCAGACAAUUCAAAAAGUGGGGUACCUGCCCUUAUGGUGAAAAGUGUUGUCACCUCCAUUCUACAGACGAAGGUGAACCCAGGGAGAGCUCUGCAAUAAUACUUGUGAAUGAUUCGCAGGACAUUGGGCAACCCAAGGCGCCUGUCAAUUGUACAAAGCUCAAGACCAAGCUUUGCCACCAGUGGGAAAUGAAGAAGAGAUGUUUUUAUGGUGAAAAAUGUAUAUUUGCUCAUGGGGAGGCAGAAAUGAGGAGUCUUGAUUCCUCCAAUCCACCGGAAUCGCGGAGCAGUGCUGACAUUUCUUCUCUAUCCAGGAAUGUACUCGCCACGAAUUUAGAAUCCAAUGAAAAACAGACCAUUGCUCAAGCUAAGCAUCGACCCAAGUUGGAUGACCUAAAAAGGAACAGCAGAAUCUAUGGUGACUGGAUUGAAUAGCUGCAGCCUUCACCGGAAUCACCAGACAGACACUAUGGAGAAGUGAAGAGUCUGAACUUUAUCGCAUUGGCUUUUUGAUCAACUUUUGAAGUGGUUAAUUGGGUGAUUUUUUACAUAUGCAGGGAGACAUUAUGGUGUGUUGUAGUUUAAAAUGCUGCCUUGUCAUUGUGAAGUGACUACACAAACAUACUACAUAGUUUCACAAAUUAGAAUAGCUUCAUAUCUGAUGAUGUAAGUAAAAACUAGAGUCUAUACAACACUAGUUUCACCAUGUAUACACAUCUUAUAGAAGAAGACUUUUUGUUAAUGUGGGUUGUCUUGUUAUUUUGCCAUGUCUGUGGAGCUCUCUGUUUUUAUCUUUCUAUGUUUUCCAAUUUUCCAAGUCCUAUUGUUUUCUCUAGAAUACUUAGAUUUCUUAUUUAUUUUUUUGUGUUUGGUGUGUAAGUAUUGUUGACACCCAAUUUUGACCCGCGUCGGUAUGAGUUAAUUGGUUUUAUAAAUCUUGCGAAAAUAAGAUAGAUGUAUAUAUAUACAUAUAUGUAUAUGUAUAUGUGUGUAUCUUAAGGCUUCCCUUCCUCCAGCCCAUUUCCCUUUUGUUUAUUUUCAGCCCACCCCAUUUCUCUUCCCCUUUUCCAGCCCAACGCCCAGGCCCAAUCUCCCUUCUCCAACCUACCAGCCCACUCCAAUUUCCCCCCCUCUCCUUUCCAGCCGCCCCAGGCCCAAAGGAUGAGCGGCCCAUUUCCCUUUCCCCUUGUCAACCCCACCUCAAUUCUGAGGCCCAUUCUCUAUCCAACAGCCCAAAUUUCCCUCAGCCCACACCUAAAUACCCAAUUCAUUAAACACCAAUCCAAUACCCAACCAAAUUCAAACCCAACGACCCAAACCCUUGUGACCCGCUCCGACCCGACCCCCUUUCCUUCUUCUUCCCCUAAGCGCGUCCCCAGACCAGCAGCCACGAUAAUUCUCCCCAGAAAUCGCGCCAACAACCCACGUUCUUCUCCCUUCCUCCUUUUCGCGUGAGCAAGACACAACGACAGAGACCCAUACCCUGUCAAGCAGGUCUGCGAAACGUCGCAGUCAUCCUCGCCGGCACGCGAUGGCCAUGUGAGGUUUGACUCAAAGCGAAUUUGAAAUUUUUUGAAUUCAAGAAGGGGCUAAUUCUUCUCCUCUAUAAAUACCCCUUUUCUUCAUCAGAAAGAGGGUUAGAGAAUUUUCAUCGAAGAAUUCGGAAAAAGCAGAACUUGGGUUGGAUAUUUUUUGGAAAUUUGGUCGAAAGUUUAAGUUGAAUCGUUGGUUGAAACUUUGUUAACAUUUUAGCAUAAGAAUAGUCCAGUUCUUCAGCUUUCCUUACGCACUUCGGAAGAGUUGAUCGAUCCAUCGGCUUCCUUCCCUCGCUUGGGUGUUCGAGUUGUCAUUCGUGGCAGAAGCAGUUCGCACCUGCUCGUAUCGUCUCAAUUCGCUGCUCGUCGACAGGUAAUCCCCCACUUCGCAUAACUUUCUUGUUUCUUUCGUUUCGAAAUGGCUUCUUCUGACGAUUCGUUUGGUGAUGACGAUUAUGAAAUUUGAAUACGAAUGUGUGUUACAACUGACUUGUUAGUUUUCUUAUAGAGUCUAUUCGCUGAGUGUUCUUUAAGUUGUUUAUGCUUGUAUAUUUCAUGAUGCUCUUUUUUUUUUUUCAUUCCCCUCGUCUUAGGUUUGUUAGUAAGUGUUAGUUAUGGCGUUUGUUCCCAUGUUCUCUCGGUUUCUUGGUGUUUUCAGCUCAGUAUGAAUAAUGUGCAGUGUCAUGAUUUUUCUCUCAUGAGUUAACAUGUAUAGCUGCACCCGGUGUUCAUUAAUGUGAAUUCGACUGUUCGGACAGUGCAUUUUCAGUUUAGUUUAUCUCCCUUUCAGUCUUCACUUUAAGUUUUCUUUGUGUCCCCUGAAAAGUUCUCUUACCAUUGCUUAAUGUGCUGUCCCUUUGGAGUCGCUUGGCAUGCCCUGUUUUAAGAGUUCUUUCAUCAAAUGUUGAUUCUAUGUGUACUCUAAGCAUUAAGCGUGAUUCAUGUGAUGAUGGAGGUUGUUGUAACGUUAUACAUUGGUCGUUAUAGGCCUCGGCUCGAGUUCGUAUUUGUGAGGUUAAUUAAUGCGUUGUUUGGGGUUGUUGGUGUCCAAUGUUUGUCUCUCUUGGUUGGUUCUCUUUAAUAAGUUUCUUACGUUGCUUGAGCUUGUUAUUCGAACUCAAAAAAAAAAAAUUGGUUAGGGAGUUUUGAGGUUUGCUUCAAUAAGCCAUGGCACUGUUAUUUGCUUUUCUUUUCUUAGGCUUGGGAUGAUAUGUUGGUUUCAUGUGGACAACUCUUCUUCUUUUGACUUCUACGUCUUAAUGAAAGCAUGACUUCCCUUUGUUUCAAAGCAUACUUUAGUUACAAUAGUUUAUGUGUUGUUGUCUAUUGCUAUCUUCGAAUUUGCCGAAGGUUUCAUACUUAUGUAUGUCUGAAAGUCUAAAGAACUCGUUCUUGCCUAAUGCUUGCUUUGUUGAGGAUCUUGUUUUAAGGAUAAUAUUUAAGGCUGUUGUUAAUCCUUUUCUUUUGUUUUUUUUUUCAUUACAUGUGACAUCGAUUCGAGUCCGUUUCGGACUCCACUCCCGCAUUCCUCCGAGUUAAAAGAUCUUUGAGUCGGCCCAUCUCAAGUCUAGGAGGUCUUAAGACCCAUUUACAGGUCGAAAUCCGACAUUGGAGAGCUGCUGAAGUAGCAGUUUGCAGAAUUCGACUGCAUGUUUUUUUUUGAAGCUGUAAACCAGCUAUAUACAUCGCAGAGUCUUCCAUAACUGACCGACCGGUGAAGAGAUUCACCGGGAACUCCACACACGCGUUCCGGGGGGUUUUCAAGCCGAGCGCCUCACAGAAAUGCUGGAGGAGAGACACGGGGGGGAAAGGAUGGGGGAAAUCCUCCAGGGGAGAGAUCCUUAGCAAUACAUUCUAGAUCCGGCUGAUUUCGUGCUAAGCCUGGUAAAGGGGACUUCUUUUUCAUUUCGAUAGGUAGGGUAGGAAUAUACCUAGGAAGGAAGCGGAAGUUUCAUACAAAGGUGCCUGAAACGGAAUAGAACCCUCUUCCCUGAUUUGAAGUUCUCUCUCAGUGCCCUACUAUUCAUAAGAAAUACUGACAGCGAGAACAGUGACCAUGAACCGUAGUAACCUAACGGUUGUCCAGUAAGAAAGGCUACUUCACUAAUCUUCUGUUCCACCAGCUCCGGAAAAACAGCAGGCACAUGCUCUAAAAAAGCAUGAAGACGGAAGAGGUUUACUUUGUACCGCCCGGAGGUCCAUUUAUUUAGUUCUACAGUUCUACAUUCUUUGCACUUAUUCUUAUUAUACGUACUCAGUUAGAUUUAGAUAUAUCGAUACUUCGAUCUAUACUAAGAAUUUCAACCUUUUUAGAA